ACUUCACUUUGCUUGUUUCUCUCUAACCUCCAUGAGAGUGAGAGAAGCAUUUUUGUCUUUUUUUAUUUAAAAAUAUAUAAAAUUUAGUUAUACUUUAUACAAAAAUGGCAAAAUACGAUUUAACAACGCUUGUGGGACAGAAUUUGGAUCGCCAUUUGGUAUUUCCUCUAUUGGAAUUCUUGACUGCAAGGGAGAUUUAUGAAGAAAAUGAGUUGCUCCUUGUUAAAUUGGAUAUUCUCAGUAAAACAAACAUGAUUGAUUAUGUUAUUGAUAUCAGGAAACAAUUGUAUCCAGAUAUUGAGGUUCCUGCUGAACUAAAAUCACGACGUGCUAAUGUCUUACAAGAACUGGCACUUUAUCAAAAUAAUGUUUCGGUGGUUGCACAAAUAUUGCAAAAUGAAGAUAUUAUGAAAAAAAUGGAGGGUAUACGUGAUUCGAAAACACUCAUUAAUUUCCUGACUCAAGAGCAUAAUUUUAAAAUGGAAAUGAUGGACGACUUUUUUAAGCUAGCGAAAUUUUGUUACGAGUGUGGAAAUUAUUCGAUGUCAUCGACAUACUUGUAUUUCUACGUCUUGAUUAUGCCACCCUCGGACAAGAACUACUUGAAAGCACUUUGGGGUAAAUUGGCGUCUGAAAUUCUCAUACAAAAUUGGAACCAUGCGUUGGAUGAUAUAAACAAAAUACGAGAGUACAUUGACAGCAAUGUCAUUGGAAAUUCACUGGAAAUUCUUCAACAACGCACGUGGUUGAUUCAUUGGAGUCUUUUUGUAUUUUUCAAUCAUGAAAAAGGCAGGGAUUUCAUUAUUGAAAUGUUCCUCUAUCGACCACAUUACUUGAACGCUAUUCAAACCACUUGUCCUCAUAUAUUACGUUAUUUGGCGGCAGCAGUGAUUGUAAAUCGUUUGAGAAGAAACACAUUGAAGGAUCUCGUUAAAGUCAUUCAACAGGAAUCAUACACGUAUCGCGACCCAAUUACAGAAUUUUUGGAACAUUUGUACGUCAACUUUGACUUUGAUGGAGCCCGACAAAAAUUACAGGAGUGUCAAACUGUUGUCUGUAACGAUUUCUUCCUAAUUGGACUGCCCAAUGAAUUUGUCGAAAAUGCGAGAUUGUUAAUCUUCGAAACAUUCUGUCGAAUACAUCAAUGUAUCAGUAUUGAAAUGCUUGCCGAGAAGCUUAACAUGAAGGCAGACAUUGCAGAAUGUUGGAUUGUUAAUUUAAUUCGAAAUGCAAGACUCGAUGCUAAGAUUGACAGUAAAUUAGGACAUGUUGUAAUGGGUGCACAGCCAGCGUCACCCUAUCAGCAAUUGAUCGAAAAAAUUGAGACACUCAGUGUCAGAAGUGAAGCUUUGGAAAGUUUAAUUGAACGAAAACUCAAAGCCAAGAAUCCAGAUACAGGUUAUCCAUCGUGGAAUGAUUUUUAAUGAAAAAAAGCGCACAGCAAUUUAUAUACGAUGCGAUCUUUUUUUAAAAUAAAAGUGAAAUGAAUUAUAAAAAGAAGACUAUGAUUGAGAAUGCAGUAAAAUUGAAAAUCAAUAAUGAAAAUAAUAUUUACUUGUGAUGAGUCCUUUUUUUACACGAUAUUAAGAGAAAAAAAACACAGUUAAAAUGUAAUAAAAAACACCAAAAGUCUUGAAACAAUCGUUUUAUUUUUCAACGCCUGUUUGCUCAGUAUAAAUGUACAGUUGUCAUUUUGAGUCAAAAUUAAUUUACAAAAAAUGAAAAAUUAACAAUGACAAACGAAUAAAAAUAAAAAUUUUCAAUUUAAACAAAAUAAAA